AACCAGAGACUCAUCGUCACCGCUGAUAUGAACAAGCAGAAGAAUGGAAACUCUGGUUGGAUAAAGACAUGACGAGAACAACCAGCAGUUCUGGUCUAAAGGAACCAAAUGUCUGUCAUUAACAAGACAAUUCUGCCAUAAGUGUUCAUCAAAUGCCAUAAAUCAUAAUCAUGACCUCCGGAGAUAAAUAUACCUGGUUUCGGUGGCUCUACACAGUUUUUGGACUCCUUUUUCAUUUAGGAGACACUGGAUCAGACUUAAUGUUAUCUGUGCAGUACUUCAGAAGUGGACAUCUCACCUGGGCCAUACUGACUCUUGUGUUUGUUCUGGUUGGAUCUGUAUGCAUACAGGCAUUCAGCUAUGCAUGGUUCAAAGAUGACAAGGAAAAUUAUGAAGAAGAUGACAAGGGUCUGUCCACUUGCCAUCUGAUCGGGAUACAUGUACUGCAGAUAGGCAUUUUUACAAGGUAUCUCCAGCUCCUGAAGAAGAGUUUUAAUGCCCUGCGUUCGAGACAGGGGGAGCAGUCCCAUAUUAUCGGUCUUGCUACCGAUGUUAGCAUGCUCCGCAUGUUUGAGACGUUCCUGGAGAGCAUUCCUCAACUCAUUCUGCAGACGUAUAUCAUACUGGAGUACAACCAUCGCUCUAAUCUGCAAUACAUCAGCAUGGCCCUGUCUUUUCUCACCAUAGCCUGGGCCACGGUAAACUAUCAUCGCUGUUUACGGCAAUCUCUAACUUACCUUAACAACAUGCGUUCUGGAAUCCCAACAGUCGUAUAUCUGUCCUACAAAGUCUUCACCAUCACCCCUCGAAUCCUCAGCCUCACGCUCUUCAUCAUGCUGACCCCCUUCAGUAUUGUAACAAUGGCCUGCAUAUGGCUGUUGGGAACCGUCUGGGCAUUCUUGGAGGAGACCAGCUUCUGCACUUCACGAGCCCUUGAACAUCUUUAUCGAGCCAUUGUUGGAGUUAUUCUCAUCUUUACCUUCUUUAACAUUAAAGGAAAGAACACCAGAGUUCACAUGACACUGUAUUACAUUUUCAAUGUGUGUCACAACCUUGCUGCACCCAUUUUAUUGUUUCUGCUCAAACGGGAAACUAAACAACCUGACUACUUCCUGCCUAUUAUAUUUUUUAUAUUAGUGUCAAAUUCAAUGGGCCUGGGUUUUCUGGGACUCUAUUACAGCCUCCUGCACCCUCGUGGAACUGACAGAGCAGAUGGAAUGGACGAAAUAGAUGGAAUGGAACAUGAGCCAAAAACAACACGUUUACAGUGUUUUUUGCAAAUAUAGUCUCGCUCAUAAACUAAUGAACUUGAUUAACAAAAAGGUACAUAUUUAUAGAUAUUUAUGUUGGAACUGAUAAAGUGUGAAGGAUCUAUGUUUAAAACGUUAUAACUUGUCUGAAAGCUGCUAAGGAAGGUAUGAUAUCUGAUUUUACAGGUAUGAAAUGUUGAAGCUUAAAGGUUUCAUUGAACUUGUAAAAAUUAUGAACAAGCUUUCUACUGCCAAUUUUUGCCUUCAGUUUAUGUCACCCUCUCCCAUAUGUCCAGUUUACAGUCCUAAAGUGAUGAAUAAUGACAGAACUUGUGAUUUUUGUCAAAAGGGCUUGAAUGGAGGAUGUCGGGUAACUCCUCAAAUCAAUGCAACUGUUGACAAUUGUUUAGCAAGAAGUUAUAAUAUGCAUUCCUACUUUAAGUUUGUGGUUACUGAAAGGUUUUUUUAUGUGUAAAUGAUCAUAAAAAGUUUGGGGUCAUAAGAUUUUUUUAAAUGAAGCUUAACAGUGAAUACAUGCUGCUCACCAAGGCAUUAUGAAUUUGAUCAAAAAUAUUAAAUGAAUAAUUUUUUAAAUAUUCAUAAAAUUUAAAUUUUUAUAUAUUUUAAAAUGUAAUUUAUUCCUGUGCUGGCAAAGCUGAGUUUUAUCAUUACUCCAGUCUUCGGUGUCACAUGAUUUUUGAUGAAAUAAUUCUAAUUUGCUGAUUUGUGCUUAAGAAACAUUUCUUAUUAUUAUCAGUGUUGAAAAUAAUUGUAUGGCCUUAUAUUUUUGUUGAAACUGUGUUUUUUUCAGGAUAAUUUGAUAAAUAUAAAGAUCAACAGAACAUUAUAAAUGUUCUUACUGUCACUUUGAUCAUUUGAUCAAUGCAUCCUUUGUGAAUAAAAACAUUCAUUUCUUAAAAAAAAAA